AGGUGGCGAUCACGGCAAUGGCUGCGUUGAGCUCAGUGUAUAAUAAAAUCGAAGGCAACAAGCAGCGCAAAACUGUAGCCGACGCAAAGACGACAGAUGCCACAGACUCUUCCGUGAACACGGUGAGAGGCAUACCUACUUCAACUGGCCAAUCGGAACCAAUACAUCAGACAGCUAUAGAUCAUACA